AUGAUAAGACUCUGGCUAUGGGUCUUCGUACCCGUGCUCCUGGCCGUAUGCCAUGUGCUAUACAAUCUUCUCCUCCAUCCGUUGCGGAAGUUCCCAGGGCCCGUGUUGGCUGGUGCAACUUCAUAUUGGAAAGCAUGGAAGGAGGUAGUGUUGCAACAAACCAUGGCGCAGGAGCUCUUCAAGCUUCACGACAAAUAUGGUGAAAUCGUCCGCAUAGGCCCUAACGAGCUCCAUUUUGGAAAGCCAUCGGCAUUCCACGACAUUUACCAUGGGAACAAGAGAUGGGACAAGGACCCCGGCCUCUACAGCACACCUGGUUUCAAGUCGGGAUCGUUCGUCUUCUUGAAGUAUGCCCAGGCAAAGGAACGAAGAGACGUGCUCAUGCCCAUGUUUUCCAAGAAGGCCAUGCUGAACAUCGAGACUCUCGUCUGGCGAAAUGCAACUCACCUCGCAUCUUCCAUCGCCAAGAUGGAUGCAGCAAAAAGCUCUAUUGACUUGCUUUACGCAUUCCGCUCCUUCACCCUCGACACCAUCAUGUGCUUCACCUUUGGCAAUUGUAUCGACGCUCUCGACGCACCAGCAUUUGCGGAUCCUCUGAUUCUCGCCAUGGACGCCAGUCUACGCACCCUCCCUAUUCUGAACAACUUCCCCUGGGUCCGGAACAUGAUCUACGCCAUCCCUCCCUGGCUGGUGAUGAAGAUUAUACCCAACUCUGCCAAGCUAGCCCCACGGCUCUACCAGGUCCGCGACAUCAUCCAAAAGCAACUUCACACCGUCCUCCAAAGCCUCGAGAAGCUGGACGAAGCCCCUCACCAGACCAUCUUCCACCGCAUGCUGGACGCCCAAGCCCACAAGAGCAAAAGCGUCCCCAACCUCACCGAGCUCCACGACGAAGGCUUCACUUUGAUUUUUGCCGGCGCAAACACAGUCGCCGAUACCAUGGUCAUGGGCCACUACCAUCUGCUGCAGAAUGCUCAGCUCCUCGUGCAGCUGAGACUCGAAUUACUCACCGUCUGGCCAAACCUGCACAACCCGCCUACCCUGAGAGACCUCGAGGCUCUGCCACUCCUCACUGCGACAAUCAAAGAGUCCCUCCGCUUCAUCCCAUCCGGCGUGUCACUAACACGCGUCGUUCCGCCCGCGGGGGCAGUCAUAUCCAGCCAAUCGAUUCCCGGGGGCACUGUGGUCGGCAUGGCGAUCUUACACGUCCAUCAGUCCGAGGAGGUCUUUGAAGAUGCUCUUGUGUAUAAACCAGAACGCUGGCUUGAUGAGCGCAUAAAGGAUCUCGACCAGUGGCUCGUGCCCUUUAGCAGAGGGCCGCGCAUGUGCUUCGGUGUCAACCUGGCUUGGUGUGAACUGUAUGUUGCUUUCUCCACCAUGAUUCGGAACUUUGAUAUGUCGCUGGAUGGAACUACGCCGGGAGAUAUGGAGUGGACAGAGUGCAUUGCGGCAUACUAUCCGAAGAGGCACUUACAUGCGUGGUGCCGGCCAGUCCAGUCUUGA